AAUCAAAACUAUGAUCGUGUUACAAUGAACAAAUUGAUUGAUAGAUGAUUUGCAUUGAUGGUUUGAUAAAAAUAUUUACUUUUAUAGUUCACAUUGUAGUUAUCUCGGUGCGAAUCAGUGCGCCUUUUUUAUAAUAACAGUUUGAUGUAUUCACAAAACAUUUGCAUGCGAAGGGUUAUAAGCAAUCGACAUUGUCUCUACAAGUGAUUAUUCGCGACGCAACCGUGACUGCAAGUGGCAGGAUUUAGUGCCAAAAUGCGAAAGAUACUGUUGCUAGUGAUAGCAACGGCCGCUGCCGUUUCUGGGGUGGAUGAGUGGUGGCAUUCCGCUGUCAUCUACCAGAUUUACCCAAGAUCCUUCAAGGAUAGCAAUGGAGACGGGAUUGGAGAUAUAAACGGCAUUACUUCAAAACUGCCAUACUUGAAGGACAUUGGAGUGGAUGCGAUAUGGCUAUCUCCAAUAUUCCUAUCACCAAUGUUUGACUUCGGGUAUGACAUCACAGACUAUAAGAAAAUAGCCCCAGAAUACGGCACUAUGGAAGAUUUCAACAAACUAAUGGCAGAGGCAAAAAAACUGGGACUUCGUGUGGUGUUGGACUACGUGAUAAACCAUACAAGCAACGACAGCGAGUGGUUCAUCAAAUCAACGCAAAGAGAUCCUAAUUACGCAGACUAUUAUAUCUGGGCCCAUGGCAAACCGGACCCGAAGAAUCCUGACUACUUGGGACCUCCCAACAACUGGGUGAGCGUUUUCCGCAAGAGUGCGUGGGAGUACAACGUCCAGCGAGGCCAGUACUACUUGCACCAGUUCGCCGUUGGACAGCCCGACCUGAACUUCCGCAACGCAAAGGUGGUUGAAGAAAUGAAGGACGUUCUCCGUUUCUGGCUGGAGAAAGGAGUUUCUGGCAUCCGUAUCGAUGCUGUCAAUCAUUUGUAUGAAGUGGACCCAGCGAACCACGAUGGACAUUACCCUGAUGAACCACUUUCAGGCGCCCCUGGAGCCACUCCAGAAGACUAUAACUACUUGAACCACAUCUAUACUAAAGACCAGAACGAAACUUACAAUAUAGUUUACGAUUUGAAGGUCAUUCUUGACCAGUAUACUGAAAAACAGAAUGAUUCCAAGAUCAUGCUGACCGAAGCCUAUGCAGAUUUGCCCAAAAUCAUGCGUUACUAUGGCGACAAGAACCGCAACGGUUCCGUUCCCUUCAAUUUCUUUUACAUGACGGAACUGACCAAUAAGUCUAAUGCACGAGACAUAAAAAUGGCCAUCGAUAAGUGGAUGACACAUAUGCCUGCUGGGAAGGUGGCUAACUGGGUGAAUGGCAAUCACGAUCAAAGUCGUCUGGCUUCCAAAUUCGGUGUCGACAGAGUUGAUGUCAUGAACAUGCUGGCUCUCAUUCUGCCAGGAAUCACCAUUACGUAUCAGGGUGAAGAAAUCGGUAUGACGGACGGUCAUAUAAGCUGGAAAGAUACAAAAGAUCCUCAGGCUUGCAACACAGAAGACCCCGUCAAUUAUUAUAAGAGCAGCCGCGACCCCGCGCGCACUCCCUUCCACUGGGACGCCACCGCCAACGCGGGCUUCUCCACCGGUAGCUCUACUUGGCUGCCCGUCGCUGAUAACUACCAGACUGUCAAUGUUGCUGUUGAGAAGGCCGCUGCUAAGAGUCACUUCAAGUUCUACAAAGAAGUGGUUGCUGUGAAGCGCUUGCCUGCCGUCCGCUCCGGGGAUCUAGAAGUGCGCGCACUCUGUGAAAAUGUUAUAGCUGUUGCUCGGUACCUACCGGGCCACCCCGUAGUUGUAGGUGUCAUCAAUCUGUUUGACGCUGAGAUCCCGGUGGACCUCAACUCUAUCCACCUUCUGCCUCGUGACCUUCAAGUGGAAGCUUCUGGAGCUUACUGCAAGCUGGAGAAAGGAGAUAAGGUUCAGAAGGGUAAAGUAACGAUGUCUCCGCACUGUGCCCUGGUGCUGUCAUCGACACAGAAUUGCUGCGCAGCACCCAAAUGAAUAUCACGCCCUAUGAAGUACGGGAAAUCUAAACGCCACAAGCGAAUAUAUCUGUAUAAGAAGAAAUUACUUACAAUUCCCUGCAUGUAAUGCAUGUUUGUAAUAUUACGUAUGUAUUUACAUUGUCAACAAUAUAUGCUGUGAUUUUAUAUAA